AUGGAAAGGGAGCAUGCAAACUACGCGGAGCUUGCUGGUGGAGACGACGAUCGGACCACAGUGACGGACGAGAACGAACAAGAAGACGACGAUGAGGACGACCAAGACACACCCUCCCACACCAACGGGGCUGGUUCAGGUCGCUUCUCCCACACUUACACGCAAAUCCUUGCGUCGUGUCAAUGCUUCUUCUCCCUUCGGAUGCUUGGGACCAGAACAGGACACCCGAGCUCCUCCGGCGCUGCCGGCCUCGACCCUAUCACCCUCGUCGCAGACGCCGCUUCUGCUUCUGCUUCUGCUUCUGCUUCUGCUUCUGCUUCUGCUUCUGCUUCUGCCACGAGUCUCGACCCUCGACCUUUGCUACUGCUGCUGCCGCUGCUGCCACACGACACACUACUAUCAUGGGCCCAGAGAGCCACCUCCCAGGCGACCAUGUUCUCCUCCUGGCUGAAUAGCCUCCUCUUCUUCGUCCCCAUCGGCCUCUGGGCCUUCCUGACCGACAAGCCGCCCCUCGUCGUCUUCGCGACCAACGGCGUCGCCAUCGUGCCGCUGUCGUCGCUGCUCACCGGCGCCACCGAGAUGAUUGCCGAGGACGCCGGCGACACGGUCGGGGCGCUGCUGAACAUCACGCUGGGUAACCUCGUGGAGCUUAUCCUGUUAGUUGCGCUCAAGCACAAGCAGGUCCACGUCGUCCAGGCCUCGAUCCUCGGCUCGAUGCUCGUCAACCUGCUCCCGAUCCUCGGCACCGCUCUUUGCGUCAACGGCCUGAGACAGGAAGAUCCGGUGCUGAACGUCGCAGAGACGCAGCUCCUCAGCUGCCUCCUACUGGUAUCCGUCUUCGUGCUUCUGGUCCCGGUGAGUACGAUCCAACCUCCUUUACACCCUUCGAAAGCAAGCUCGGCUCACUGGUGCAAGGCCGCCUUCAAUUCCACAUUCGACGGGGCCGAAGGGGCGAGUGCCGCGAUGCUGCGAAUGAGCAGAGCGUCAGCCAUCGUGGUUCUCCUCAUCUACGUCCUCUACUUCGUCCAUGAGCUGAGGACUCACACCACGCCGAGCUCGUAUGAUCCCCCAAUGUCCGACAUCGAGCGAUGUCCUCCGGCAUUCCAGCGGACCAUCUCGCUGGACCCUCCCGCUCUUUCAUCCCGCACCAUUCGCUUCGUGGACGAGGAGAGUCGGCGACAGAAUCGAGCUGCAGCAGGCAACGGCGCGGCCCAGAUCGAGCUCGGGAACAUUGACGCCUCGACCUCCAACCUCGCCUCUGACGAUGACGACGACGAGACUUCCGAGGCCUUGCGACGAGGUCGUAAGGCUCAGAAGCUGAGCAGCUGCAGCAGCAGAUCGAGCUCGUGUGAUGAUGAAGCGGUGUGCUCCCGCAACCACUCCCUUUCUCGGUCUCGAUCAGUCACCGCUUCCGCACGAGGCCGCCGCAGCCGGGACCACUCAACUGUGAGCAUCGACCGCCAUAGCCUGUUGAUGCCGCCGGGUCUGGCGGGUCUGCGGAUCUUGCGGAGCGGCGGAACAAGCCUCGGCAACUCCGACAUCGAACGCGCAACCCCCCGUCGAUCGAACGGCGAAAAGGCCCUCUCCGUCCUCGUGCUCAUGAUCAGCUCGGCCCUGAUGUCCAUGUGCGCCGAGUUCCUCGUCGGCACCAUCGACGAGGUCACGCACCAGGGCCACCUGUCCGAGUCCUUCAUCGGCCUCAUCAUCCUCCCCGUUGUCGGCAACGUCGCCGAAUUCGUCACCGUCGUCACCGUCGCCCACAGGGACAAGAUCGACCUCGCCGUCGCCGUCGCCGUCGGCUCGUCCGUCCAGAUCGCCCUCUGCGUCGCGCCCCUGACCAUCAUCGCGGCGUGGAUCAUGAGGCGGGGGCUGUCCCUCAGUUUCAGCCUGUUCGAGGCCACCGCGUUGGUUGGCGCGGCCGUCGUCGUCAUCUUCUUCUUCCUCAGCGACGGAAGUAGUGUGUUGCGGAUGAGUCGCUUCAAGGGGGCCCUGAUGUGCGCAUGCUAUAUCAUCGUCGGGUGA